ACCACCACCACCCUCUACCCAGUCAACCACUUCACCCAGCUCAUCUUUCAUAUCACCACAAUGGCCUCCGGUGUCGCCGUCAACCCCGCGUGUCUCGAAGCUUUCCAGGAGCUUAAGCUUGGGAAGAAGACCAAAUACCUCAUCUUCGCCAUAUCCAAGGACCUCACUGAGAUCGUGGUAGAGAAGAAGUCGACGAGCACGUCGUACGACGAAUUCGUCGCUGAUCUCCCUGAGGCGGAGUGUAGGUGGGCUAUCUACGACUUUGAGUUCGAGAAAGAGGGCGCCGGCAUCCGGAACAAGAUCUGCUUCAUCUCUUGGUCUCCUGAUGACUCCAAAGUCAAGCAGAAGAUGCUGUUCGCCUCAUCCAAGGAUGCUCUUAGGCGAGCGCUCGUCGGUAUCGCUGCAGAGAUCCAGGCUACGGACUUCAGUGAGGUCGCACAUGAAAGCGUCCUGGACAAGGUCUCCCGCGGAGCUUAAUGUACCCACGGACUUCAACGUACCGCUCCCGCCACCUACCUCCCGUCUCGUCUAAUCUCUACCAUACUUGCCCCGUCCACCCGCUGUCGUUCUCGCGUCCACGUACUACCACCCUGUCUAUAUCUAUAUCCACACGUGGUCGCUGUUUGUUUGUACUUGUCCAAUGUCGAAGAAGGAAUGGGAACGGAAGAACGAAGAGAAGCGCGUAGAAGAAAGGACAUGCUUAUGUUUUGUUCCUUUGAGUAUGUAGUUGAAACAAAUUACCUUGAAUUCGCAUGAAUGAGCGUGCGCGGUGAAACGUGUAUCUCAUGCCAGUUCCUCGUACAGUUCUGACAAGUACCAUGCCUCCA